AUGGUGGAGGAAGGUCGCCCUUGCCCCUGGGUGCUGUUACGCCCGAGCUGGAACACCUUCCUGCGCUUUGGCCUCCUGAUGGUGGUGAUUCUUUUCAUCUCCUGUUUGAUCUACUGUGUCCUCUUCCGGAGGCAGCAGCAGACGCAGCUGGAGCCACUUGAGGUGAGAGGGGGCGAGAAGCUCGGGAAGGAUGCGCAGGAGCGCAAGCAAAGGACACGAAAAAGAGGCAAAAUCGGAACGAAAUGGGUCGAAAAGAGGAAGGCGCAUUUAGCUGAGUUACAGCUGAAUCUCACAGUUCCUCGGAAGGACCUUACACUGCACUGGGAGGCCGGUCCAACCUUGGGAAGAUCCUUCACUCAUGGACCAGGGCUGGAGAAGGGGCAGCUGUAUAUCCAUCGUGAUGGCAUCUACAGGCUGCAUAUCCAAGUGACACUGGCCAACUGCUCUGUGGCAUGCAGCACCGUGCAGCCCAGGGCCACCGUGACUGUGAGCAUCUGCUCCCCCGCUGGCCACAGCAUCAGCCUGCUGCGCCUGCACUUUGGACAGAGCUGCACCGUGGCAUCCCAGCGCCUGACUCGCCUGGCCAUCGGGGAUAUCCUCUGCACCAACCUCACCCUGCCUCUGCUGCCCUCCCGCAACGCUGACGAGACUUUCUUCGGCGUUCACUGGGUAUACCCCUGACCACAAC